AGUUGAGUGGCAUGGCAGCAAAGAAUUUUUUUCUCCUUUCGAAAACGAUCUCGAUCAACAAUGGUAUAUUCACAGGGUGCAAUGAAAAGAAAGGCCAGCGAUUACUCUGACAAAGACGCCAGCAAAAAGUUGAAGGGAAAUGACUCUUCGGCUUCCAGACACCACCAACAGAAAAACUUGAAGCAAGAACGUAAAGGAAACGAUCGUCACUUUGAAAUGAUUACUGAAGCCAAGAAAAUCUGGGAGAAUCUUCGGCGUGGUGAUAUUUCUCGUGACGAGACAAAGGAUCUGAUGCAAAAGAUCAUGAAUGUGAUCACUGGUCAUGUGCAAGAGAUCAUUUUCAAGCACGACGCAUCACGUAUUGUCCAGACCUGUUUGAAAAAGGGCAACGCAGAGCAACGUGGUCAGAUUGCAAAGGAAUUGACAGGCAAAUACGAGAUUCUGGCCAAGUCCAUGUAUGGCAAGUUUAUUGUUUUGAAGGUUUUGGAAUAUUGCCACAAACAUCGCGAUCAAGUCUUGUCCGAAUUCCGCACUCACGUUCGUAAACUUAUCCGUCAUCGAGAAGCAUCCGCUGUGAUUGAAUCGUUUUACGCCCAAUACGCCAAUGGUGCACAAAGACAAGAAUUGUUGUCCGAGUUCUAUGGUCCUGAAAUGACAUUGUUCAACCGUGGCGGUGGUGCAAAGACACUCGACGAACUUUUGACCAACUUGCCAGAAAAGAAGGAUUCGGUGUUGCGUUUCAUGUCUGAGACUCUGAUGGGAUGUAUGGAUAAGGGUACCGUUGUGCAUAGCAUUGUCCACAAGGCAUUAUAUCAAUUUUUGACCUUGGCUGAUCCUAAAGGUCGUGAGAAUAUUAUUGCACAUCUUCGGGAGAACCUUCAAGAUAUCCUGCACACACGAGAAGGAGCCAAGGUCGCAAUGAUCUCUUUGUCUUAUUCGACACCAAAGGAUCGUAAAACGAUCAUCAAAGCAUUCAAGCCACACGUUGUCAAGAUUGCUCAGGAUGAAUACGGCUAUCUCGUGCUGAUCCGCUUCUUGGAUGUGAUGGAUGAUACUGUGCUGAUUAACAAAGCUCUCAUUUCUGAACUUUGCAAGCAAGCAAAAACUCUAUUUGCAGACAAGUUUGGUCGACGUGUCUUUUUAUAUAUCCUUACAGGUCGUAACACCAGAUAUUUGUCACCAGAAACUGUUCAACAAAUCACAGAAGGUGAUGAAAUCAGACAAAGCAAAAAGGACCCUGAAAUUCGUGCCAAGGAAGUCCUCGACGGCUGCUCACCUGCUCUUAUCCAAACUGUUGCAGAAGAUGCCCCUAUUCUGAUGAGAGAAAAGCUCUCCUCACAAGUUGUACAAGAAAUCAUGCUUCAUGCCACUGGUGACAAGACCGCUGCUGUAAAUGCCAUCUUGAACUUGGCAAGCGAAAACAUUGAAAAAGAAAACCACAUAAUCGAAGAUCGAUUCGGUAAUCGUAUCAUCAAAGCCAUGGUCAAGGCAGACAAUGCCGAAGCAAUGAAUGACAAGGCUGUUGAACCUCUUGGAUUUGCACCUAAACUCUUAGAACGUAUUGAACCUCAUCUUGGACACUUUGCUACAAAUUUUGGAAGUUUCGUUGUCUUAUCACUGUUGGAAGAGCCAUCUACCAAGGAACAGACCAAAAAGGCUUUAAAACCCCACAAAAAGGAGAUCCGGAAAGCUGCAGAUGAGAACAAGGGUGCAAAGAUGAUAGUAGAAUUGCUAUAGAAUGUCAAAUAAAGGG